AGAAAAUCAUGGAUGGGCGGCGGCAUUCUGUUGAUCUUCCUAUUUCUAAGACUCUUGUGGCACUGAGGAGGGUGAGGUCUCUAAGGGAUCCAUCAACUAAUUCUAUGAGCAAAUUCUCUGCUCCGCUUGAGAAUGUAAAUUGGGAAACAAAUUCGAGUAAUGACAUUUCUAUGCGAUUCAUGAAUACUUUCCAAGAAGGUGGCUCUGACCAACAUCGUUCUUUGAGACCAAAGAAUUUGGGUUUCUACAGACACAGAGGAGAUUGCUUAGAUGAUUUUGAGCUAGAUUGUGGUUUGGAAAAAUCUAGGUUGAUCUUGCAUGAGAAUUCAGAGUGGGUUCGAAGAACAGGGAGUCGUCCUAUUAGGAGCAAACAGGCUGAAGAAUUUGAUUUUUCAGAAUCAGAUAAGGAAGAGGUUUGUGGAAAUAAAUCACUCAGUGGUAGAUACUUCAGCAAUCAAAUGGAUAAGGGAUUGGUCUUGACACGUGUCAAUACUUUGGAGGAUGUGGAUUAUGAAGCAGAUGCCAGAUCAUCACAUUUAGAAAGAACAGAUCAGAUUACAUCAAAGCGAAAAUCACAGUGCAACAAUCGUGUAAAUUCGUGUGGGGAAGUUGGUGAGGUUACAAGUGAAGUAGGCAGUCCAUGCUCCUCAGCUAGUGAUGCUAUAUCAAGCCAUAGUGCAUCUCAGGUCAGCUGCUGCUGGUCAAGAACCCCUAGAUUCAGAGAAACUAACCGUUCUUUGGAUGUAGAUGAAUAUCCUUUGUUAUACAAGAAUGUAGAUGAGAGUGUACUUUAUGAGCAGAGGAGCUUGAAACACAUUGGUAAUAAAACUAACCCACUAUCAGAAAAUCCUAGGAGUCUGAGUCAGAAAUUCAGGCCAAAUUUUUUUAAUGAAUUGGUGGGACAAAAUUUAGUAGCGAGGUCUCUUUUGGGUGCUAUCUCUAGAGGAAGAAUAAUCUCAUUCUAUAUGUUCCAUGGCCCGCGCGGUACAGGAAAGACAUCUGCCUCAAGGAUUUUUGCUGCGGCACUAAAUUGCCUUUCAAAUGAGGAGCAUAGGCCAUGUGGUCUCUGCUGCGAAUGUGUUUCCUUUUUUUCUGGAAGGAGUAGAGACAUUAAGGAAGUAGAUUCUGUGAGAAUCAAUCGGAGAGACAGGGUUAGAUCCCUUAUUAAGAAUGCAGCUAUACCUCCAGUUUCGUCACGUUUUAAGGUUUUCAUUAUUGAUGAGUGCCACUUGAUGCGUGGGGAAACAUGGGCGACUGUUUUGAAUAGCAUAGAUAACCUUUCUCAACAUGUUGUCUUUGUGAUGAUCACUCCUGACAUCGAUAAGCUUCCACGAAGUGCAGUGUCACGGUCUCAAAGAUAUCACUUUCCAAAGCUUAAAGAUGCUGAUGUUGCAAGAAAAUUAAGGAAAAUCUGUGUUGAAGAGGGUCUUGAAUUUGAUCAAGGUGCUUUAGACUUUAUUGCUUCCAAUUCAAAUGGUUCUCUUAGGGAUGCAGAGAUGAUGCUUGAUCAGCUAAGUUUGCUUGGUAAAAAAAUCACAAUGGCCCAGGCAUACGAAUUUAUUGGAGUUGUCUCCGAUGAUGAAUUACUUGGUUUGCUUGAUCUGGCAUUAUCAUCUGACACAUCUAGUACAGUAAUAAGGGCCAGGGAGUUGAUGAGAUCCCGGGUUGAUCCCAUGCAACUCAUAUCGCAGCUGGCAAAUCUUGUUAUGGAUAUUCUUGCUGGUAAAUGUCAGGAUGGUGCUUCUGAAGUCCAGAAAAGGUUCUCUAGCAGGCAUACAUCUGAGGUGGACUUGCAGAAACUGAGUCAUGCUUUGAAAAUAUUCUCUGAAACUGAGAAGCAAUUAAGGGUGUCCAAAAAUCAAAUGACAUGGCUUACUGCAGCUCUGCUGCAGCUAAGCUCUGUGGAGUCUUCUUCCUUGGAUGGUAAUGAUACAAAGUUGUGUUUGAGAAGUACGCAAGACAGAGGGGAGAGCUUCAAGAACCUUGUCACUUGUUCAUGCAAUGUCGAUAUACCGGACAAGUUGGGAAUGCAGAAGGAUAGUGAUGGAAAGUUGGAAUCCAUAUGGAAGAGAGCUACAGAUUCAUGCCAAUCCAAUUCAUUCAAGAAUUUUCUGAAGAAACAAGGAAAAUUAUCUUCCUUGCUUGUUAGCCAAGGUUUAGCAAUAGCUGAAUUGGAAUUCUGCCAUCCUGAUUAUGUAUCUAAGGCUGAGAAGUCAUGGAAGAUCAUUGCAAGUUCACUUCAAUCUAUAUUUGGUUGUAAUGUGGAGGUCAGGAUCAAUCUUGUACCUUGUGCUUCUGAUUCAAAGUAUGCAAAAGUGAAGAAGCCAUCUUUUAGUUUGUUCAGCUGUUCCCGCAGAAUACAGCAGAAGUCACAAUCAUCUACUGGACGUGGAAGUGAUUCAGACUAUUCUGAGUACACAUCUGAAAAGCCUAUAUUAAGUAACAGACCUAUUUUACCUUGUUCCUCUGAUUGUGCCUAUCAAAUGCCUCAUAACUGCCGUGACAGAAUGGUGGUUGUAAGUACCUUGAGAAAUAGUGAAGGAAAUAUACUCAGCACAAGGACUGCCUCAUCCCGUAGAUCAUUUGAAGAUGAUACAUCAAAGGCACCCGGGUUAAUGGUUGAUUCUUCAAAGGAAGAGGAGAGCAACCAUGAAAGCCAGGUUUUAUCGUCUGAAGAACCCGAACAUCAACCAAACUGUUUCCCUAGGACUAUGAGGCUUCAGAAGAAGUUGCGUUCAUCAGAUGCUUCCCAGAUGACAUUUUGCACUAAACUACAUAACAAGUUUGCGCCAAGCAGGACAUCUUUUGAAACAUGUCUAGUGGGAAAUGAUUCAUAUGUCUUCUGCAGUGGCUCUUGUAGCAACAUUGACAGCUAUAAAGACGAGGAUGCAUUGAAGGAAAACUCAGGUUUGCUUUGUUGGAGAACCCCUACCCUUCCCUUGGGAAAGGCUUGGCAGCUGAGGCAUCAACGACAAAAUUCACACCCUGGUUGUUGGGUCCUUCCCUGUGCAACUGCUAAGUAGUUACAAAGGUGUACCUGACAGAUAGCUGUAAUUUAUGAUGGCCGGAGAGGAGCAUCAGAGAAAUUCCUACCUUGGACAUUUCUCUUUUGUAGGUCUUAUAUUGCAAUUGCAAGAGGUUGUCAUUGAUGUUAUAGAUAUUUUCGGGAACCAGAUUCAUAUUUAUAUAUAGUAUAUAGCAAGAACUGUAU